AUAGAGGAGCAGGUGUUUUAUUAUAGAGGAGCCAGUGUAUUAUAAAGGAGCAGGUAUAUUAUAGAGGAGCAGGUAUAUUAUAGAGGAGCAGGUGUAUUAUUAUAGAGGAGCAGGCAUAUUAUUAUAGAGGAGGGGGUGUAUUAUAUAGGAGCAGGUGUAUUAAUAUCGAGGAGCAGGUGUAUUAUAUAGGAGCAGGUGUAUUAUAUAGGAGCAGGUGUAUUAUUAUCGAGGAGCAGGUGUAUUAUUAUAGAGGAGCAGGUAUAUUAUAGAGGAGCAGGUGUAUUAUUAUAGAGGAGCAGGUGUAUUAUAUAGGAGCAGGUGUAUUAUUAUCGAGGAGCAGAUAUAUUAUUAUAGAGGAGCAGGUGUAUUAUAUAGGAGCAGGUGUAUUAUUAUCGAGGAGCAGGUGUAUUAUUAUAGAGGAGCAGGUAUAUUAUGGAGGAGCAGGUGUAUUAUUAUAGAGGAGCAGGCAUAUUAUUAUAGAGGAGCGGGUGUAUUAUUAUAGGGGAGCAGGUAUAUUAAUAUAGAGGAUCAGGUGUAUUAUAUAGGAGCAGGUGUAUUAUUAUCGAGGAGCAGGUGUAUUAUUAUAGAGGAGCAGGUAUAUCAUAGAGGAGCAGGUGUAUUAUUAUAGAGGAGCAGGCAUAUUAUUAUAGAGGAGCGGGUGUAUUAUUAUAAUAGGGGAGCAGGUAUAUUAAUAUAGAGGAGCAAGUGUAUUAUAAAGGAGCAGGUAUAUUAUAGAGGAGCAGGUGUAUUAUUAUAGAGGAGGGGGUGUAUUAUUAUAGGGGAGCAGAUAUAUUAUUAUAGAGGAGCAGGUGUAUUAUAUAGGAGCAGGUGUAUUAUUAUCGAGGAGCAGGUGUAUUAUUAUAGAGGAGCAGGUAUAUUAUAGAGGAGCAGGUGUAUUAUUAUAGAGGAGCAGGUGUAUUAAAUAGGAGCAGGUGUAUUAUUAUCGAGGAGCAGGUAUAUUAUAGAGGAGCAGGUGUAUUAUAGAGGGGCAGGUGUAUUAUAUAGGAGCAGGUGUAUUAUUAUCGAGGAGCAGGUAUAUUAUAGAGGAGCAGGUAUAUUAUAGAGUAGCAGGUGUAUUAUUAUAGAGGGGCAGGUGUAUUGUUAUAGAGGAGCAAGUAUAUUAUAGAGGGGCAGGUGUAUUUUUAUAGAGGAACAGGUGUAUUUUAGAGGAGCAGGUAUAUUAUAGAGGAGCAGGUGUAUUAUUAUAAAGGAACAGGUGUAUUUUUAUAGAGGAGCAGUAGGGGGCGUGUCAUGUUGAACAGUAGGGGGCGUGUCUGUGUUAAUUUUUAAACAGCAGUGAAACUCAAACAUGAAAGUGAAGAAAAAGAAUGUGAGAAAAGUCAACAGUAAAACAACUAAACAAAGACUCAACAACACAGGUCCAUGUCCACAUCUGUGUCCACGUCUGUGUCCUAGUCCAGAUGAUGUUGAGUAAAACAAAUGAAAAUACAGACAUGAGAAAAUGAAGCUUCUUCAAACAACAACAAAAAUCAUGACCUCCAGUAAUGUUGAGAAAAGAUUCAGUGGUCAGAAGAGUCGUGACACACACAGAAUUCACUCUGUAUAUCCGCUGCCACCAGGGGGCGAUGCAGUUGUGAUGAAGUGUUUAUUCUGUUUAUUCUCUAUGUACCAGUGUUAACAUCACACACACACACAUUCCUGUACACUCCCUCCACACACUGAACUUUGACCAGUCUUAUCAGAGAGAGAGACGAAGGUAAAGAGACAUUACGUGAUAAAGAGGAGAGAGAGAAUUUAACAGAAACACUGAGUGUGGACAUGAAAGCUGACCAGCUCAGCCGCCAUGUCUAAAGCCACGGUGAAGAAGCUGCACUGGCGCUCCAAGGUGCAGGAGAGCUUCGUUCCACUGGGCGGGGGAUCAGGAGAGCUGGGUCUGGCCAUCGGGGGCGGGGGCGACUAUGGCGAGUUCCCUUUUGUCACGGCAGCCCCUGGGGGCGGAGCCACAGUGGGUGACAUCAUCCUGGAGAUCGGUGGGACGCCGGUGUUAGGGAUGACCCUCGGCGACGUCAGAGGAGUCCUCAACUCUUGUCCCCAUCCGAUCAGAAUCAAGACGGUGUCACCAGGGUCAUCCCUCUGUAAGGACCUCAGGUUGUAUCUCAGCAAAUGUUUCACUCCAGGAUCCAUGGACAGUCAACUCCAACAGCUGAUCAGAGAGAACCUGUACCUGCGCGCUGUUCCCUGUACGACCCGGCAGCCUCGGGACGGUGAGAUCUCAGGUGUCGACUACAACUUUGUUUCCAUCGUGGAGUUUUUCUCUCUGGAGGAGUCUGGAGCUCUGCUGGAGAGCGGCAAGUUUAAAGGAAACUAUUACGGAACGCCCCGCCCCGUCCACAUCGGCCCAGAGAGUCCACCGAUCACGUACCAGGAACAUCGCAACCUGCUGCGGAACUUCAGGACGAGGAGCAAGUCUCUGAGUAACCUGGAGAAAGCUGUGGAGGAGGGAGACAACAGCGAGGAGGACAGCACCCCCUCUGGUUCAGCUGGAGCCCCGCCCACCACUCUGCCUCUGAGCCAAUCUUGGGAGUCGACACUAGGGAGCCGUGAAGGAACUGAGGAGGGAGGACGAGGGAGAGGAAGGGGAGGAGUCAGAAGAGGAAGAGGAGGAGCUCCACUGCCUGAGAACUGGGAGCUGGCCUUCAGUGACUCAGGAGAGCCGUACUACAUCGAUCAUAAGUCAAAGACGACCAGCUGGUUUGAUCCUCGAACUCCGAGCAAAGACACGACUCCUUGUACUGAGCUUCCAGAGUUCACAGAGCAGGCGUCUCAGCUCAGAGGUUACUCUAUCCACACUCGUCUUUCUAAAGGUCCUCGAGGUUUUGGUUUUAACAUCGUUGGAGGAAGUCGACCUCGAGAGUUUCUGCAGGUUUACAGUGUCACACCUGGAGGGCCCCCUGCCCUCAACACCGCUGACAUCCUGGUCUACAUCAAUGACCAGUGUGUCCUCGGUCAGUCUCAUAAAGACGUGGUGGACAUGUUGAAGUCGGUGCCGAUGGGUCAGAGCGUGGACGUGGUUCUGAGGCGAGGUUACCCUAUGCUCUACAACCCAGACGGCUGUCCCAAACAGAACCUGGAGACGCCUCAGACACCCAGCGAGGCCUCUAGCACCCAAGCUCUGACCCACCUGACCUACAGCUGCACGCAGGACGCCAACGGCAACACGACAGGACUUGGCCAAACCCCGCCCUCUUACGCCGCACAGCCAAUGACAAAUGGGCUUACAGAUCCGCCUACUCCCACGUCCUCUGACCCUCCAUUGGGAGUGACUCCGCCCCCUAACAGGACAGUAGCCAAUCACAGCGACUCUGAUGGCGGUCCGUCCAACGCCGGGACUCGCAGGUCGUCACUGAUUGGCUACAGCAGCAGCACACUCCCCGCCCUCUCCUCCUCGCUCCUCCUCCAUCAGAGCUCAAAGUCGUCAGAGAGCGACGUGUCCACGUACACGCUGCCGCUCAUGUCCUCGUCCUCUGCUCUCACCAAACUGCCGCUCUCUCAGCUAGAGACCGGUUUCCUCCAGAACUCCACCUCCAUCACCAACAACCCCGUCUCCUCGUCCACACCUCCGGGACCACCGGUGCAGCGGCCGCCAAUGCCCCAGACCACGCUCACCCUGACUCCGCACAGAGACGUUGCGCCCUGCGGCUUUAACGGGUGUCCAGCCAAUCACCAAGCUCCCUCCGCCUCCGCCUCCUCCCAUGGAACCUCAGGUCUGGUGCUGCCACUGGGGGCAGCGUCACCGGCGUCGCCCCCUGGUGGGGAGCUGGUGCCGGUAGCUUUGGGACGUACUGAGGGGGCGGGGCUGGGGUUCAGUGUGACAGCGGGGGGUCAGGGGGGUCAGCUGGCCCUGGUCAGGCGAGUGUGGGAUCGGAGGCAGUGUCCGUCACUGCAGCCAGGGGACGCUAUCGUGAAGAUCAACGGAGCAGAUGUUCAGAGCCUCAGCUUCUCCCAGGUGCAGAGGAUCCUGCAGGAACACACCAAACAGGGCGAGGUGGUGCUGCUGGUCUACAGAGCAGGCCCUGCCUUCUCUCCAGUCGUCACCCCCAACCUCUAUAAGCCCCUCCCCUCUCCUCAGGGUCAGACCACACCCUCUUCCUCCCACCCCUCAGCGGACUCGCCUUCCUCGUCCUCCGCUGCGGCCGUGGUGGGCGGGGCCGUUCCUGCUCUCAGUCAGGCAGGUUUAGCCCCAGACUCUUCUCAGGGGGGCCCCCACCCACCGAGCCCCGGGGCCCAACAAGAGGCCCCGCCUCCUCCUCAGACGGCUAACGGGCCGUCGGUGUCCACGCUGAUCCAGAGCACCAGUUUCCUGGACUCGGUUCCUGUGACAUUGACGCUGGAGCCGCGUGAUCUGCUGGGAGUUCAGGAGAGCGCUGGAGGACCGCCUCCAAACAGAGGGGGAGGAGCCUCGGGAGCAGUGACUAAGGACGGGAGGGGCGGAGCAAAGGUGGAGGUGGAGCUCAGGAGGAGGCCGGGGGAAGGCUUUGGAUUUGUCAUCGCCUCUCAGGAAGUGAGCAGCGGCGCGUCCUCACUUAUGUCCCACCGGUUUGUGACGGUGCGUCGCGGCAGCCCGGCGGCUCGCAGUGGACAGAUCCAGCCCGGUGACCAGUUGGACGCCGUGGAGAACCGGCCGACAGGUGGUUUACAACACCGGGACCUGGCCCAGAUUCUGAGGAGGGCGGGAAACACACUGAGGCUGAGUGUCACACCCAGACGCUACUCCUCCUCUCAGACAGAGGCAGCCGAUCUGGACAUCGAUAGUCGACUGAUCAAAGGAUCGAGAGGAAGGUCAAAGGACCAGUUCUACAGCGUGGAUCUGGAUCGAGGUCCAACAGGGUUUGGUUUCUCUCUGAGGGGGGGCAGUGAGUACAACAUGGGCCUGUAUGUACUGGGUCUGAUGGAUGGGGGGCCGGCCCAACGCAGCAACAAGAUACAGGUGUCUGAUCAGCUGGUGGACAUAAACGGGGACAGCACAGUGGGGAUGACUCACAGUCAGGCUGUGGAGCAGAUCAGACGAGGAGGACAUCGCAUCCACCUCGUCCUCAAGAAAGGAAACGGUUACGUCCCCGACUACGGCCCUGAGGAAGGAGUUCUCUCCUCCUCCUCCUCCUCCCACACAGAGGAGCAGCACCUGAUCUCCAUGGCAACCUCCUCCUCCAACCGUCAGAGGGGAGGAGCAGGAGGAGAAGGAGGAGGAGAGAAGAGGAGGACGAGGAGAGAAGGAGAGAGCAGAAAGAGAACUGGAGGAAGGUUAGGACCUUCUGAUCUGGACCUGGACAUGGUGGAGGAGGAGGCACAGGAAGAGGAGAGGAGGAGGGAGGAGGAGGAGGAGGAGGAAAGGAGGAGAAAGGAGGAAUAUGAGGAGAGGAGGAAGAGGGAGGAAGAAAGAAGAAGGGGGGAGGAGGAGAAGGAAAGGAGGAGGAAGGGAGAGGAUGAAAGGAGGGAGGAGAAGGAAAGGAGGAGGAAGGAGGAAAAGGAGGAAAAGAGAAAGAGGGAGGAAGAAAGAAUGAGGGAGGAGGAGGAAAGGGGGAGAAAUCAGACCGUCAGACAGAAGAAGCGUGAUGACCAGCAGGAGCAGGGGAGGAGGAGCCGCAGCUUACCCAAAAACAGAGCUUCAUACUGGGACACCACUCUGCCAGAGGAGGGGGUGGAGUCAGGAGGAGGAGCCAACAGGGGGGAGGUGCAGGAGGAGAGAUCCACACGCAGUGCAAAGCAUUCUGGGAGCUCAGGUGCGGUGUUUUCCUUCCUCAUGCCGAUGGACGACGACAAGCGCCAGCGUCAGUCCGACAGCGAAUCAGCAGCCAGCUUCUCAGACGUCAGCCAAUCCACAGCCAGCAUCACCACCAGCUGGAGGGAGGAGUCUCACUGGAGGAGAGAUGAGUCGUCGUGGCAACAGGGACACGCCCCUGGCCCCUGGCUGAAGCCCAACCCACAGAAACUGACACGGGCUCUGACUGGCAGUCGGCCCAGUGGGCGGGCACUGAUGGGUGGGCUUUCUCUCUGAUUGGCUGACUCUGACAACGUUCACUUCCUGUAUUUGCUGGAUUUUUUAUUGGCUACUUAUAAGGGCUUUAUUUGAUUGGCCUGCUGAGAGAAAACCCCACCCCUUCCUGCAUCUCAUUGGAUGAUAACAGACUAUUCUAACUUCUGAUUAGAGGAUGAGAUGUAAAAAGACAACGACUUUUUUCUGAUUGGUCGAUGGUUUAGAGGCGUUUGAUUGACAUCUUUUAUUUACCCAUCAUGCCUCAGGGCAUGAGUGCUGAGUCAUGAGUCCACGUCAGUGUCACUGCUCUCUGUGAGGUUAUGGUUCAUCACCAUGGCUCACCAUGGAGUAGAUCACAUGGUAACCAGAGUAGAUCACUAUGGUAACCAAAGUGGAUCACCACAGCUACCAGAGUAGAUCACUAUGGUAACCAGAGUAGAUCACCAUGGUAAGAGCUCAUCUUCUCCAGGAACCUUCACUUAAGCUUAAGCCCCGCCCACUCUCCCAUCUUAAUUCAGCUGACCAAUUAGAGGUAAACACAGAGGAGUCAGUGACCUGAAGAGAGACAGACUGAUGAUCUUCAUCAUCAUCAUCUUUAAACUCGUAUGCAAAUGUUUGCGUCUCGUUGCCUCGGAGACCAAACAGCUGAUUCUGUUUAUCUGAGCAUGUGAAUAUGAUGGAAUGAUUUUUAUUUUUAUAAACAUGUAAAGACUCAAUGAUGACAUCAUCUUCAUCAUCACCAUCAUCGUUAGAACAGAGAAGUUUGAUCUGCCUGCUUGUAAAAAUGAAAAAACCUUUAUUGUGAUGAUGUAACAGAGCCAUACACAGACACACACACACACACGCACAUACUCACAGACACACACAUACACAUAUACAUACUGUAGACACACACACAUACACACACAUUGAUGUCAUGUCCAGCUGUGGUUCUGACAUGGUCGCCAUGGUAACGCAGCUCUGGAUCAGAACAAGUGCCUCAUUUUGUUUUUGGACCUUCAUCCUGCAGAUUGACGCUGAGGCCCCGCCCCCUUCUAUCUCACUGCCCCGCCCCCUGAGCUGUUUUUUCUUAUGUGAGACGAUUGUGAGCGUCAGCAUGUCCAAUAAAACCAAAACAAGCCUCACGUCCAGUGGGCGUGGCCA